AUGUAUUUUAACCUUCUACAGAUAUUGACGAGUGCACAACCAAUCCUUGUGAUGCCAAUGCGGCGUGCUCCACAGUAAACAACAAAACGGCUCCUUCUAUAGAUAUUGACGUACGUGUCGUCCUGGUUUUUUGAUGGAAAUGGCAAGGUUUUUGCCAAGGUAAGAAGUAGAUCACUUGUGAACGAGUUGGAGAUAUUUUAUAUUUAAAACGCUCUCCUCACGUUUGUGAGGAACACUUUUCUUUCCCUGAGCAACUAUCGAAAUUUAAUCCCAUAUUAGAAGGCUGAGACCGAGAGUAAUUUCUGCUAAGAGAAGGCUUCCCUGAUCCAAGCGUUCGUGGAAGUUAGACUUAAAAUCCUUACGUUAAUCACUGUAAGAAACUGCUUUAUCAAAGAAACAGUUAACUUUGAUGUAUUUUAACCUUCUACAGAUAUUGACGAGUGCACAACCAAUCCUUGUGAUGUCAAUGCGGUGUGCUCUAACACAAACGGCUCCUUCGAGUGUACUUGUCGUCCUGGUUUUGAUGGAAAUGGCAAGGUUUGCCAAGGUAAGAAGAAGGUCACUUGUGAACGAGUUGAUGAUAUUUUACAUUGCAAUCGCUCUCCUCACGUUUGUGAGGAACACUUUUCUUUCCCUGUGCAACUAUUGGAAUUGCACCCCAUAUUCAGAAGGCCGAGACCGAGAGUAAUUUCUGCUAAGAUAAGGCUUGCCUCAUCCAAGUGUUCGUGGAAGUUAGACUUUAUCGCUUUUAGUAAUCCACAGUAAGUAACUGCUUUGUCAUGGAAACACUUUACUCAGAUGUAUUUUUUACUCUUUAUAGAUAUUGACGAGUGCACAACCAAUCCUUGUGAUGCCAAUGCGGCGUGCUUAAACACAAACGGUUCUUUUGAUUGUGCGUGUCGUCCUGGUUUUAAUGGAGAUGGCAAGGUUUGCAAAGGUAAGAAAUAGGUCACUUGUGAAUGCGUUGGAGAUAUUUUAUAUUUCAAACGCUCUUCUCACGUUUGUGAGGAACACUUUUCUUUCCCUGAGCAACUACCGAAAUUUCAUCUCAUAUCCAGAAGGCUGAGACCGAGAGUAAUUUCUGCUAAGAGAAGGCUUCCCUGAUCCAAGCGUUCGUGGAAGUUGGACUUAAAAUCCUUUCGUUAAUCACUGUAAGAAACUGCUUUAUCAAGGAAACAGUUAACUUUGAUGUAUUUUAACCUUCUACAGAUAUUGACGAGUGCACAACCAAUCCUUGUGAUGCCAAUGCGGCGUGCUCUAACACAAACGGCUCCUUCGAGUGUACGUGUCGUCCUGGUUUUGAUGGAAAUGGCAAGGUUUGCCAAGGUAAGAAGUAGGUCACUUGUGAACGAGUAGGAGAUAUUUUAUAUUGCAAACGCUCUCCUCACGUUUGUGAGGAACACUUUUCUUUCCCUGUGCAGCUAUUGGAAUUGCACCCCAUAUUCAGAAGGUCGAGACCGAGAGUAAUUUCUGCUAAGAGAAGGCUUGCCUUAUCCAAGUGUUCGUGGAAGUUAGACUUUAUCGCUUUUAGUCAUCCACAGUAAAUAAUUGCUUUGUCAUGGAAACACUUUACUUUGAUGUAUUUUCACUCUCUAUAGAUAUUGACGAGUGCACAACCAAUCCUUGUGAUGCCAAUGCAGCGUGCUUAAACACAAACGGUUCUUUUGAUUGUGCGUGUCGUCCUGGUUUUGAUGGAGAUGGCAAGGUUUGCAAAGGUAAGAAGUAGGUCACUUGUGAAUGCGUUGGAGAUAUUUCAUAUUUCAAACGCUCUUCUCACCUUUGUGAGGAACACUUUUCUUUCCCUGAGCAACCAUCGAAAUUUCAUCUCAUAUCCAGAAGGCUGAGACCGAGAGUAAUUUCUGCUAAGAGAAGGCUUCCCUGAUCCAAGCGUUCGUGGAAGUUAGACUUAAAAUCCUUUCGUUAAUCACUGUAAGAAACUGCUUUAUCAAGGAAACAGUUAACUUUGAUGUAUUUUAACCUUCUACAGAUAUUGACGAGUGCACAACCAAUCCUUGUGAUGUCAAUGCGGCGUGCUCUAACACAAACGGCUCCUUCGAGUGUACGUGUCGUCCUGGUUUUGAUGGAAAUGGCAAGGUUUGCCAAGGUAAGAAGUAGGUCACUUGUGAACGAGUUGGAGAUAUUUAUAUUUCAAACGCUCUCCUCACGUUUGUGAGGAACACUUUUCUUUCCCUGUGCAACUAUUGAAAUUUCAUCCCAUAUUCAGAAGGCUGAGACUGAGACUUAUUUCUGCUAAGAGAAGGCUUACCUCAUCCAAGUGUUCGUGGAAGUUAGACUUUAUCGCUUUUUAUCAUUCACAGUAAGUAUCUGCUUUGUCAUGGAAACACUUUACUUUGAUGUAUUUUCACUCUCUAUAGAUAUUGACGAGUGCACAACCAAUCCUUGUGAUGCCAAUGCGGCGUGCUUAAACACAAACGGUUCUUUUGAUUGUGCGUGUCGUCCUGGUUUUGAUGGAAAUGGCAAGGUUUGCAAAGGUACGAAGUAGGUCACUUGUGAACGAGUUUGAGAUAUAUAUAAAUAUAUAUAUUUUUUAUAUUUCAAACGCUCUUCUCACGUUUGUGAGGAACACUUUUCUUUCCCUGUGCUACUAUUGAAAUUUCAUCCCAUAUCCAGAAGGCUGAGACCGAGAGUGAUUUCUGCUAAGAGAAGGCUUACCUUAUUCAAGUGUUCGUGGAAGUUAGACUUAAAAUCCUUUUGUCAAUCACAAUAAGAAACUGCUUUGUCAAAGAAACAGUUAACUUUGAUGUAUUAAAACCUUUUAUAGAUGUUGACGAGUGCACAACCAAUCCUUGUGAUGUCAAUGCGGCGUGCUCUAACACAAACGGUUCCUUCGAGUGUACUUGUCGUCCUGGUUUUGAUGGAAAUGGCAAGGUUUGCCAAGGUAAGAAGAACGCUUACCCGUGACAAAAAUUUCUUUUUUACUUCAGUUUGUCUGUCAAAUCUCCUUACACACCUUCCUCAGCAUUAGGAAUGUUACGAAGGUGACGAUUCUUGUCUUUCUCUAGAUAUUGACGAAUGUUUGAUCUCCAAACCGUGUGAUAAAAACGCUGACUGCAAAAACACAAAUGGCUCAUUUGUCUGUACCUGCAGAAAAGGAUUCACUGGAAAUGGAACAUCCUGUGCUGGUAUUUAAUUUGGUAUUAUUUUAGUUCUUAAUAUAAGAUGCUUUUUAGUAAACUACGUGAUCUCUUUACUUCUUUUGCUGGAACGUAGACAUUGACGAGUGUUCAAAGAAUGGCAGCCCUUGUGACGAAAAUGCGGUUUGUUCCAAUGAAGACGGAUCGUACAAUUGCACUUGUAAAAACGGGUUUACAGGAAGUGGGAUAGUCUGUAAUGGUAAGUUGCCUUGUUGAAUUCCGCCUAUUGUUACAAAGCCAAAAACUGUUUCUAGUUGCGUUAGACGUAAUUGAUGGGGGCUUUGAUUAGAGUCAUCAAUUACCUUGUGAAUGCUACGCGGUGAAAUCACUUCACAGUGUUUCAUUUUUCGAGUCAAAGAAGUUCCACGAAGGUAAAGGAUGACCUGUGUAUCAAACGCAUCUAUAACUUGAGAAAUUUGGUGUAAGGAAAGUAGAUAGAUAAGUGGGGGAGAGAGAGAAGAGAGAGGUAAAUUGUUUUUCAGUAUGAUCAAGGUGUUGGAAAGGGAGGAUAAAGAGAACCAAUUUGACUCCGCCUUUAAAAUAAAAGUUAUUCCUCUAUUUUUGUUCAGAUAUUGAUGAGUGCGUAACAAAUCCUUGUGAUGCUAAUGCAACCUGUUUGAACACCAAUGGCUCUUUCGAUUGUUCUUGUUUUCCUGGAUUUGAAGGAGAUGGAAAAACAUGUACAGGUGGGGUACUUAUUUAUUUAUCUAUUUAUCUUGUCAAUUACGUCGUUAUUCUUGUUAGUUGUAAAUACAUUCAUUUAUAAUGUUACAUAAUGCAAGAAAAUCCGCCGUUUUUGUGUGAAGAGAACAAACGCCUGCUGGCAAUAAAAAAAAGACAAAACAAAACAAAAAUGAUGAGAAAAUAUUAAAAUGUUUUGUUUUUGAUAGAUAUUGAUGAGUGUGUGAUUUCAAAUCCGUGUGACAAAAAUGCGGACUGUGUCAAUACCAUCGGUUCCUCGAUCUGUACUCGCAGGAUAGGAUUUACUGGAAACGGAUCAAUCUGCAGAGAUAUUCACUGAAAGAAAUGUUUUUUUGUGACUAUAUGUUUUAACCCCUUGAGCCUUGAGAGUAACUAGCAUCUAGUCACGAGAAUGAAGGAAAUAAUCACCUACUAAAGAAGGUCUUGAUUAUUAAACAAAAUCUCGCGGUCGGCAUCUGAGAAAAUGUAUAGAGAAAAGUGUUGAGAACAAGCACACUGAUGUUAGGGUGUAAAGGAUUGAAAACUCGACUAAAGUACAUAGACAAAUAUAUAGGCAAAGACAAAUCAUAGAGUCACCCCCGCCAGUAUUCAAUUCAAGCUGUUGCAUAGUAUAAUCGAAUUUUUUAUAUUUGUUCUUCAUUAGAUAUUGAUGAGUGUUCCACUAAUCCCUGUGAUGAUAAUGCAUUCUGCUUGAACAUCAAAGGCUCAUAUGAGUGCACUUGUCUUCCUGGAUUUGAAGGAGAUGGAGAAACAUGCACAGGUAGAAAAGUCCAUUUUUUAAAUUUUCAUUGCUUUUCAUUUUUUGAAGGUUUAACCAGCGACACAUAACGUAAAAUGUAGAGCGGUCAAUAAAAAAAAAAUCCUUCACUUGUAUGUGUAGAUAAAUAACCAACUGGUCUACCUCCUAACAGUUAAGAUUUUCAAGCACUUUAUGUUUAUUUGAAUUAUCUGUUUUCCUCUCUUUCAUUGUGUGAAGCGCUUGCAAUUGAUGCUAUGUAAAUCGUGUUUUAUUUAUUAUCAUUAAUUUUAUAAUAGAGAUUGCUUCGUCGGUAAUUGUUUUGCUCUCCUAUUUUUCUAAUCACUACAAGUCUACAUGAAAAAUCUUCAUAAAUUCAUUUUCUACACCGUUUCAGAUAUCAAUGAAUGUUUGGCCGAUCGCAGUCCGUGUGAUGUGAACGCUGCGUGCAAUAACACUGACGGCUCAUACAAUUGCACUUGCAAGGAAGGAUACACAGGAAACGGAACAUACUGCCAAGGUGACCUGACUUAUCCAGAUGGUUACAUUUAACAAAUAGAUUCCAAGUUGCCGUGCGUCUGUUCAGUAAUAGAUUACAGAUGACGUCAAAAUGUGGUAAGAACAAAAAAGUGGCACACGAGGCGCAGCCGACUGUGUCACCGAUGUUCUUACCCCUUUGUGACGUCAUCUGUGAAAAAAGUUUGAAUGAUGACGUCAUCUAUACGUCUGUCCUCCAAUAGAUCAUAAUUGAGAACCAAUCAGAAUGCGUGCAUAACAGAGCUUAUUAUGUAAUAUUUAGUGGAUGACUCUUCGCUAGACGUAAGCUCGGUUUAGCAAAGGCGACCAGCUGUAGUCAAAAUAAUCUUUUUUACUCAAUUGUUGCAAUAGGGUGAAAAAGAGCGAAUCUGAUUGUUAUUGAGAUAUAAACCAUCCAUAGGCGGUUAUUUGUUCUCUUUCUGACCUACUCGUAGCGUUCAAAUUAUACGCAUAAACGCGUAUUGUACUAAAAAUGUUCCACCAUCCUACUUUCCUCUCGCCCUUUUUCUCUCAUAUCAGAUAUCAAUGAGUGUUCAGCAGAGUCACGUCCUUGUGACGAAAACGCUGAUUGUACCAACAAUGAGGGUUCUUAUAGCUGUACUUGUAAACAAGGAUUCACUGGAGAUGGAUCAAGUUGUAAAGGUACAAUAUCACUUUUUAACUCGUGAAUUGCGCGCAUGCGCAAGAGCGAGUUGUAAAUAUGAUGUGGAGAAUGGCACUCGCUCGCUCGCUCGCUCGCUCGAUAGGUCGAUUCCUGUAAACUUUUUUUCGAUUUUAGGCUUUUGAGUGCAUUUGAUUGUUUUUGGCGAGUAACAAACAAACGAAAUGGUGACCUUUGUUGCUAAGAAUAGUGGUGGGGUGAAAAAUAAGCCCAUGAUAAUCUUAGAAGAGUUUAUUUUUUUCGUUUUAGUUUCAACAAGCGGCGCCAGCGACUGGCAGGCGUGCGAGGAUUCACACUGAAAUAAGAGAACAACCUUCGUUUUUCAUGCAAUUGUAAUUUACAAUCCUUGAACUUGAAAACAAUCCGAAGAUUCAUUAAAAAUAUCACUUACUCCGAAGCGUUUGGAGUUUACAGGUGUUCAAAAGCUUUCUCUGUUAUGGCGUGAGAUUGGGGACAAAAUCGAUCAUUAAAUUUCGUAUCGUGUGUUUUUUCUGUGUGAAGCAAUAAACUGUGCCGGCGAUUGACGAAAUUACAGGUUAGCACGAAAAUCAAAUAACACCUAAACAAAUAAUUUGGCUACCGAUUUUCAGUGAAUUCUUAAAUAACAAUUUUCUUUUAAGUUUCAAGACAAUUUUAAGAUUCAAAAUAAAUAUUCCGUACUAAAAUCCGAAAGUUGUACACCACAAAAUUGAUAAAUAGGCCUGAAAUGAAAUUCUAUCUUGUUCUUGAUUAUACGUUGCCUAGCACGUGACCAAAAUCUACCCAGGCGGAAAUCCAAAAUGACAGUUGCAGUUUGGGCGUUUCCAUUUGUCUCAUUUGAUAAAGAGGGAAUCAUUAAUGUUUUUAUUAAGACAGUAUUGCCUUGAUUUCCCAUUAUUUACAAUGAUAGACAGUAAAUUUCACUUUUUACCCACAUUUACUUCCGACCUUUUCUUUUGAACCAGAAACAAAAAUGAUAUACGUUUAAAACACAUGACAUCAUCCACCCUUGUCAAAUGUAAUAGCAUGAUCAUUUCAAUUGUGAUGCCUUCUUAUCCCAACGUUACUUUGUUUCUUUGCUACAUUAGCGAACACUGAACUACUGCUCGUACUCUAAAUAUGACAAUCAACCACAAAAUUCCCUAAACCAGAUAAUAUUAAACAUAAUCCAAAAAAUCACGUAAGUCAUCUGUCAUUUACGAGUUUGCUCACAGAGCACUUUGAUUACAUCACCUUGCUGAACAAAUUGUAACUCACGUUUGACGUAUUUACUACUGGUGUAAUGACAGAUAUCGAUGAGUGUGCCGCAGAUACCAAUCCCUGUGACGAGAAUGCUAUUUGUACCAACAAUAACGGUUCGUACAGCUGUACUUGUAAACAAGGUUUUACCGGAGAUAACACAACUUGUGAAGGUAAGGAACAUGAUUUGCUAACCUCUUUCAAGCUGAAUUUUUUAUUGUCUUUUCCCAUUUCUGGAGAUGGCGCAUCAUGCGAAGGUACAUGCUUUUGAAACUGUGAACAAAGUUUGAUUAUUUGUCACGUCUGCUGUGUAUGUGUUCUCACAUCUGUAUUUGUAAAGAAGGAUUCUCUGGAGAUGGAUUGACUUGUAAAGGUAGUUCUAGAGGAGUAGAUAAUCACAAUUUUUUUAUUCACAAUAUUGCUCCGAUUUGAACUUAAAAAACAAUUUCGCCGUCCUUUUUCGUAUUUUUAGUUGGAAAGUGAGGUGUAGUGACGAAUUGGUGCUAUUAGCUCUUCCUUUCUUUUUUUUUCCAUUUGUUCUUCUUGUAAUGUGUAAUGACUCUAUCCUUGGUUUGUUACUCUAGAUAUUAAUGAGUGUUCUCAAGAUUCCAGUCCUUGUGACCAAAACGCUGACUGCGCGAACAGUGGAGGUUCUUAUAGCUGCACUUGUAAACAAGGUUUUAGCGGAAAUGGAACCUCUUGUAAAGGUAUGGGAGGCCAUACUAGUGGCCUUUUUCUUGUAAGUUAAACCAUUAAAACGUCCCUUUUGACUAGCAACAGUCUUACAAGCAGGCCCUAAUACUUUGGUUCACUCUCGUAUGACAAAAUAACAUGAUUAUGAUCAACGUUUGUAUGCAAUGAUCAUCAGAUAUCGACGAGUGUUCCGCUGACUCUGGUCCUUGUGAUGUGAAUGCCGAUUGCUCCAACAGCGCCGGUUUUUACAGCUGUUCUUGCAAGCAAGGCUUUACGGGAAAUGGCACAAUAUGUACAGGUAUUUUUUUCGUGAAUUCCUUCUUAAGGGCCUCUGAUCUCGGAAGACCUAAUUCAGCAAUACAUCAUGCCGUGGCCUACAUACAGAUGAGAUUAACAGCCACUAAUAAUAAUACAACAUCAAGCCGCAAACAAACGAUAGCAAUGGUUUAGAUGAAAUGUACCCUUAAUCAAAACUUAAUGUUUCCUUUUAAUUAUACGUGAUUGUAAAUAUUUCCUUUCGAAUAGACAUCGAUGACUUUUCUGCAGAUACAAAUCCCUGUGACGCAAGGGGUUCUUGGUUAUUUCGGUCAAAUAGUUCCAUAAUAAUUUAUAUAUAUAUAUAUAUAUUUGCUUACGAUCAGACAUCAAUGAGUGCUCUGCAGUUUCCAAUCCCUGUGACGAGAAAGCUGAUUGCGGCAACAGUGAGGGCUCGUACAGCUGUGUUUGUAAACAGGGGUUCACUGGAAAUGGGACGGCUUGUGAAGGUAAAAAACCUUAUUAUUACUAUUAGCUUAUUAUGUCGGUCAGAGAGUUAUAAAGUCGUUUCUCUUUAUCUUUCUUUCCGUAUCAUCAGACAUCAUUACCAAUCCCUGUCAGAACAUUGAUGAAUAUCGUGUCUGCAAAUAGGGGUUCAAAAACCCUUGUGACAAGAACGCCAUUAUGUUUCUUUAUGCCAUCAGAUAUAGAUGAUCGGUUUUAAAUCGUACAGUUGUACAGUUGUACUUGUAAAGAGGGGUUCACUGGAAACGGGACGACUUGUGAAGGUACUAAUUAGCGUAAAAUGUGGCAGAUUAUGGUGUUUCUGUAAGUGUUGGGGUUCAUUUUGGUCAGUUAGUUCUAUAACCGUUCCUUUCUAUAUUUCAUUCUUCGCUAUUAGACAUCGAUGAGUGUUCUUCAGAUACCAAUCCCUGUAGCGAGAACGCUGUUUGCGCCAAUAAUGACGGCUCGUACAGCUGCACUUGUAAACAGGGGUUCACUGGAAACGGGACGACUUGUGAAGGUAGUAACGAUUGUAGCAUUUUUUUGGUCCAUGUGUUUUCUGAGGGAGUUCUUUUAUUUUUUGAUCAAAGAGUGUUAAAACGAUUCCUCUCUAUCUCUCUUUCCUUUCGAAUAGACAUCGAUGAUUCUUCUGCAGAUAUAAAUCCCUUUGACGUGAGAGGUUAAUGUUUAUUUCGGUCAAAAUGACAAUUCCUUUUUUAUAUAUAUUUCCUUACGAUCAGACAUCGACGAGUGUUCUGCAGUUUCCAAUCCCUGUGACGAGAACGCUGAUUGCGCCAACAGUGACGGUUCCUACAGCUGUACUUGUAAAGAGGGGUUCACUGGAAACGGGACGGCUUGUGAAGGUAAUAACUGUUGUAGCAUUUUAAGGUGUUAAGUUUAUGUCGGUCAGAGAGUUGUAAAGUCAUUUCUCUUUAUCUUUCUUUCGCAUCAUUAGACAUUGAUGAGUGUUCUGCAGAUACAAAUCCCUGUGACAAGAACGCCAUAUGUGCCAAUAAUAUCGGUUCGUACAGCUGUACUUGUAAAGAGGGGUUCACUGGAAACGGGACGACUUGUGAAGGUACUAAUUAGCGUAAAAUGUGGCAGAUUAUGGCGUUUCUGUAAGUGUUGAGGUUCAUUUUGGUCAGUUAGUUCUAUAACCGUUCCUUUCUAUAUUUCUUUCUUCGCUAUUAGACAUCGAUGAGUGUUCUUCAGAUACCAAUCCCUGUAGCGAGAACGCUAUUUGCGCCAAUAAUGACGGCUCGUACAGCUGCACUUGUAAACAGGGGUUCACUGGAAACGGGACGACUUGUGAAGGUAGUAACGCUUGUAGCAUUUUUUUGGUCCAUGUGUUUUCUGAGGGAGUUCUUUUAUUUUUCGAUCAAAGAGUGUUAAAACGAUUCCUCUCUAUCUCUCUUUCCUUUCGAAUAGACAUUGAUGAUUCUUCUGCAGAUACAAAUCCUUUUGACGUGAGAGGUUAAUGUUUAUUUCGGUCAAAAUGACAAUUCCUUUUUUAUAUAUAUUUCCUUACGAUCAGAUAUCGACGAGUGUUCUGCAGUUUCCAAUCCCUGUGACGAGAACGCUGAUUGCACCAACAGUGACGGUUCCUACAGCUGUACUUGUAAACAGGGGUUCACUGGAAACGGGACGGCUUGUGAAGGUACUAAUUAGCGUAAAAUGUGGCAGAUUAUGGCGUUUCUGUAAGUGUUGGGGUUCAUUUUGGUCAGUUAGUUCUAUAACCGUUCCUUUCUAUAUUUCAUUCUUCGCCAUUAGACAUCGAUGAGUGUUCUUCAGAUACCAAUCCCUGUAGCGAGAACGCUAUUUGCGCCAAUAAUGACGGCUCGUACAGCUGCACUUGUAAACAGGGGUUCACUGGAAACGGGACGACUUGUGAAGGUAGUAACGAUUGUAGCAUUUUUUUGGGCCAUGUCUUUCUGAGGGAGUUCUUUUAUUUUUCGAUCAAAGAGUGUUAAAACGAUUCCCCUCUAUCUCUCUUUCCUUUCGAAUAGACAUCGAUGAUUCUUCUGCAGAUACAAAUCCUUUUGACGUGAGAGGUUAAUGUUUAUUUCGGUCAAAAUGACAAUUCCUUUUUUAUAUAUAUUUCCUUACGAUCAGACAUCGACGAGUGUUCUGCAGUUUCCAAUCCCUGUGACGAGAACGCUGAUUGCGCCAAUAAUGACGGCUCGUACAGCUGCACUUGUAAACAGGGGUUCACUGGAAAUGGGACGACCUGUGAAGGUAGUAACGAUUGUAGCAUUUUUUUGGUCCAUGUGUUUUCUGAGGGAGUUCUUUUAUUUUUCGAUCAAAGAGUGUUAAAACGAUUCCUCUCUAUCUCUCUUUCCUUUCGAAUAGACAUCGAUGAUUCUUCUGCAGAUACAAAUCCCUUUGACGUGAGAGGUUAAUGUUUAUUUCGGUCAAAAUGACAAUUCCUUUUUUAUAUAUAUUUCCUUACGAUCAGACAUCGACGAGUGUUCUGCAGUUUCCAAUCCUUGUGACGAGAACGCUGAUUGCACCAACAGUGACGGUUCCUACAGCUGUACUUGUAAAGAGGGGUUCACUGGAAACGGGACGGCUUGUGAAGGUAAUAACGGUUGUAGCAUUUUAAGGUGUUAAGUUUAUGUCGGUCAGAGAGUUGUAAAGUCAUUUCUCUUUAUCUUUCUUUUUGCAUCAUUAGACAUUGAUGAGUGUUCUGCAGAUACAAAUCCCUGUGACAAGAACGCCAUAUGUGCCAAUAAUAUCGGUUCGUACAGCUGUACUUGUAAAGAGGGGUUCACUGGAAACGGGACGACUUGUGAAGGUACUAAUUAGCGUAAAAUGUGGCAGAUUAUGGCGUUUCUGUAAGUGUUGGGGUUCAUUUUGGUCAGUUAGUUCUAUAACCGUUCCUUUCUAUAUUUCAUUCUUCGCUAUUAGACAUCGAUGAGUGUUCUUCAGAUACCAAUCCCUGUAGCGAGAACGCUGUUUGCGCCAAUAAUGACGGCUCGUACAGCUGCACUUGUAAACAGGGGUUCACUGGAAACGGGACGACUUGUGAAGGUAGUAACGAUUGUAGCAUUUUUUUGGUCCAUGUGUUUUCUGAGGGAGUUCUUUUAUUUUUCGAUCAAAGAGUGUUAAAACGAUUCCUCUCUAUCUCUCUUUCCUUUCGAAUAGACAUCGAUGAUUCUUCUGCAGAUACAAAUCCCUUUGACGUGAGAGGUUAAUGUUUAUUUCGGUCAAAAUGACAAUUCCUUUUUUAUAUAUAUUUCCUUACGAUCAGACAUCGACGAGUGUUCUGCAGUUUCCAAUCCCUGUGACGAGAACGCUGAUUGCGCCAACAGUGACGGUUCCUACAGCUGUACUUGUAAAGAGGGGUUCACUGGAAACGGGACGGCUUGUGAAGGUAAUAACGGUUGUAGCAUUUUAAGGUGUUAAGUUUAUGUCGGUCAGAGAGUUGUAAAGUCAUUUUUCUUUAUCUUUCUUUUCGCAUCAUUAGACAUUGAUGAGUGUUCUGCAGAUACAAAUCCCUGUGACAAGAACGCCAUAUGUGCCAAUAAUAUCGGUUCGAACAGCUGUACUUGUAAAGAGGGGUUCACUGGAAACGGGACGACUUGUGAAGGUACUAAUUAGCGUAAAAUGUGGCAGAUUAUGGUGUUUCUGUAAGUGUUGGGGUUCAUUUUGGUCAGUCAGUUUGUCUUAUAACCGUUCAUUUCUAUAUUUCAUUCCAUGCUAUCAGACAUCGAUGAGUGUUCUUCAGAUACCAAUCACUGUAGCGAGAACGCUGACUAUAAUUAAAUAAUUAAUAAUAAAGUGCCCAAUUUACUUUGGUCAGAGAGAUCUACAACCGUAAUUUUUUUAACUUUCCUUCCACACCAUAAAUGUUAAUCCUUGUGACGGGAACGCUGAUUGCACCAACAGCGACGGUUCGUACUACUGUAGUUGCAAACAGGGUCAGGGUCGUAAAAUUUUUGUCGAUUGACGGUCAUUUGAUUACAUCUGCACUUGUUAACAAGGAUUCGUAGGAGAUGCAAUGUCUUUUUUAUAUGGUACAGAUAGAUGUUUUAAACUUGCGUGUCUUUUUCUUUUAUUCUCGUUAAGAUAUCGAUGAAUGUUCAGUGAGUUCCAGUCCUUGUGACCAAAACGCUAAUUGCAGCAACAGUGACGGUUCUUACAGCUGUUCUUGUAAAAAAGGAUUCACAGGAGAUGGCACAACGUGUACAGGUUAGUUGUUAAGGAAGGGAUUUCUGGGAGUGUUCAAUCGAGUUUAUUUUUAGGUAUGAGACCCCCACCAUUUUUUUCCUUUGGGACUUAGAUAUCGAUGAAUGUUCUACGCAGUCUAGUCCUUGUAACGAAAAUGCCGAUUGCACCAACAAUGAAGGUUCUUAUAGCUGUUCGUGUAAACGGGGAUUCAGUGGGAAUGGUAUAACGUGCGCAGGUCAGUAUUUCAGAAAGUGUUCGCUCGAGUUCUACAUGUAAUUGAUCAGAAAGUUCUAGAACUAUUCCGUCUCUAAUGAACUUAGAUAACAAUGAAAUGUUCUAAGGAAUAAAAUCCUUGCGACCCAAGCUCUGUGACGGCUCUUACAGCUGUUUUAGGUAAACAUGGACUCAGUUAAAAUGGAAAAACUUGUGAAGUUUAUGAAUACUAUAUAUUUCUCUACUUUGAAAGUUUUUACUAUUUUUCCCUUUGAACUCAGAUAUUAAUAAAUGUGCAAGAUCGAGCUACCACUGAUGUCUACUUUUUCUCUCAAACUAGAUAUCGAUGAGUGCUCUUCGGAUACCAGUCCUUGUGACCAAAACGCAGAUUGCACCAACAGUGACGGUUCUUACAGCUGUGCCUGUAAACGAGGAUUUUCUGGGGAUGGUGUAGCAUGUACAGGUUUGUAUUUUGCCACUCAUUGCUUUAAUUUUGAGUUAUCUUUACAUCUUAGUCCAACUUGAGAAAUACCUUUAGACGGCAGAAACAGAAGUGGUAAAGGUACUUCAUUACGAGGCCGGUGUUUCCAGCAUUAGCCCGUACUUAGGUUGUCUUAUUUCAAAGCGGCCCUUCUGUUGAAAGCAAGAGCAUGUGGUAAUGUCUUUUUUCCCUCUCGAUUAGAUAUCGAUGAAUGUUCGGCGGAUACUAGUCCUUGUGACCGAAACGCAAAUUGCACCAACAGUAAUGGUUCCUAUAGCUGUACUUGUAAACAGGGAUAUGCUGGGGAUGGCAUCACUUGUACAGGUUUGUAUUUACCUAAAUGGGAAAUAUCUAUAGGCAGCAGGAAUGCAAGUUGUCAAGGUAAUUUAUAGCAAGGCUGGGGUUUACACCUGAUAUAAAACGCGCUCAGGUUGACUGUUUGUCUUAAAGGCUGCCUAAAUUUCUAAAAAAUGAGCAGCAGACGGUUCUUACAACUGUACUUGAAAACGAGGUUUCCGUGGAGAUGGUCCGAAUCAGGGUCGACCCUCCUCUGAUGUCUUCUUUUCCUCUCUAUUAGAUAUCGAUGAAUGUUCGGUGGAUACCAGUCCCUGUGACCAAAACGCUUAUUGCACCAACAGUAACGGUUCCUACAGCUGCACUUGUAAGCAGGGAUUUACUGGGGAUGGCAUCACUUGUACAGGUUUGUAUUUUCCUACAUGGGAAAUAACUUUAGACAGCAGGAAUGCAAGUUGUCAAGGUAAUUUAUAACAAGGUUGGCGUUUACACCCGAUGUAAAACGCGCUCAAGUUGGCUGUCUGUGAGUACUAGAGAUGACUUUGCUCAAAAGCAAGAGUAUAAAAAUGAUGUCGUUGUAAAAGAUCGCUUUGUGAACAAAAGUGCAUAAAUUUCUACAAGCAUCAAGUGACACUUUUUGAGUGAAAUUUCGAAUAUCGAUGAGUGCUUUGUGGAUUCCAAUCGCUGUGACAAGAAAACUGCACGCCUGCAGCAAUGACAGCUCUUACAACUUUAAUGGUCAGCAAGGAUUUGCUUAGGAUAGAAAACUAUCUGAAGUUAGGUUUCAUCGUGCCCAUUCUUGGAACGAACAUUUUUUGCAUGUUCUAUAAUUUCUCCCAUAACCAAGUGUAAACUUGGUUAUGGAAGAAAGAAAGGUGUAGUUAAUUUCUCAGAAGGGGAGGGGGGGGGAGGAAUUUGAUCCGCAAGAUUAUCCUUCGCUCGUGAUAAUUAAUUAGAAUGUUUCCUCUUUGUAAUCCUAAUCGAGCUAAGGCCAAAGUUUUGCUUAUUUUAUAUCUGUUAAAUGACACCGAGGUACUCUCCGAUCAAACAGAUAUCGAUGAAUGUUCUACGGAUCCCAGUGCUUGUGACAAAAACGCAGACUGCAUCAACACUGACGGCUCAUACAGCUGUAAGUGUAAGCAGGGAUUCGAUGGCGACGGAAAAGCAUGUAGAGGUAUCAGAAUUCAAUAAUGGCGAAAGUUCGAUUUCAAGUCUUAAAAUCUUUUCAAUUAAGGAUAAAAAGGUCGCUAAAAGUAUAUUUCUUGUCCACCACCUUAGAUUUCGAUGAGUGUCUUACAGAGCCUGGUCCAUGCGGUGAUAAUGCCAAUUGCAAUAAUACUGAUGGCUCAUACAUCUGUUCAUGUAAAAAAGGAUUCACGAGAGACGGCAUAACCUGUGAAGGUAGACGGGAGGUUAUUAUAUUUAUAAAACAACAAGAUUUUAAGAUGGCUAGUACUUGUAACGAUUUCCGAUCCUCUCCCUCAGAAGCCAUAUUCCAUCUUGUCUGAUAUCAAACUAUUGACCGAUGAAAUGGUCAGUCAUUUCUAAAUAUGUAGAGGUUAUGCUUCUGGCUGAACGAGAUAACACAACAGCAAUUAGUAUUCUAAAAAAAUGCAACAUUCUGUAAAGUUUAAGAACCUUCCUGUUAAGGGUUUAACAGCUACUUUGAAUGACAUGAGUCUUAAAUACCACUAGAUAUCGACGAGUGUUCAGCCGAUAGCAGCAUCUGUGAUAAAAACGCGGAUUGCAGCAACAGUAACGGUUCUUAUAGCUGUGCAUGCAAACAGGGAUUCACUGGAGAUGGUUACGUUUGCCAAGGUAUGAGAUCUAAAGCUUGUUCAUUCAAAUUCAUGCAAACGCGUCAUAUUUAUGACAUCGAUUUGUCGACAGAGAGACCUUUUACCGAAACGAAUAAUGAAAUCGCCUUCCAAUUCUCACCAUUAGAUAUCGAUGAAUGCGCUCCAGAGACCAACCCGUGCGAUGUGAACGCUAAUUGUUCCAACAGCGAAGGUUCAUACAGCUGCCGUUGUAGAGAAGGGUUUGAUGGAGACGGAAAAAAUUGUAAAGGUAUUUUUUUAGGACCCAUGUCAAGAGAACAUUUUCAGAAAUCUGAAUCGUUUAUUUUGUACCUGUUACACUUAAAGUAAUCUCUUCUAUUCGAUCUCACCAGAUUUCGAUGAGUGUUUAACAGAACCUGGUCCGUGUGGUGAUAACGCCAGUUGCAACAACACUGAUGGCUCAUACAACUGUACUUGCAAAAAAGGAUUUACAGGAGACGGCAUUACCUGUGAAGGUAGGCACCAAGUAGAUACAUUUUACAGUAAAUGGUUUGUAAAAACCAUUUUGUAAAACCGUAUGAUUUAAGAUGGCUAAUUACCACGCUCUCCUUCAAAAAGCGCACUCCAUCUCGUCUGAUGUCAAACUAAUUGGUCAAUGAAUUGCUUAGUCAUUACUGAAUAUGAAGUGGUUAUGCCUCUGGCUAAACAAGAUAAUACAACAACAGUUAUUUUUCCUGAAAAAACCGCACUAUCUGUAAAGUUUAGGAACCUUAAAGGGUGUGGAAGUCAAUUUGAAUGACAUAAGUCUCAAAUACUACUAGAUAUUGACGAGUGUUCAGCCGACAGCAGCAUCUGUGAUAAAAACGCGGAUUGCAGCAACAGUAACGGUUCUUAUAGCUGUGCAUGCAAAGAGGGAUUCACUGGAGAUGGUUCCAUUUGCCAAGGUACAUGUAUGAGGAAUAAGUUUGUUGAAAUUCAUACAAACGCUUCAUAGUUAUGACAUCCAUUUUUUGGCAAAGUUAAUGCGGUGAGACGUUUUACCAAGAGGAAUAAUGAAAUUGUUUUCCAAUUUACACCAUUAGAUAUCGAUGAAUGCGUCUCGGAGACCAACCCGUGUGAUGUUAACGCUAAUUGUUCCAACAGUGAAGGUUCUUACAGCUGCAGUUGUAGAGAAGGGUUUGAUGGAAACGGAAAAACUUGUAAAGGUAAUUUCUCAGGAAUGAUCCCUAUCAAGAUAAAAUCUUGAUACAUCUGUAUCGUUAGGUAAGUACAGGUUACACUUGAGGUAAUAUUUUCUCUUCGACCUCCUUAGAUUUCGAUGAGUGCUCAACAGAACCUGGUCCGUGUGGUGAUAACGCGCAGUGCACCAAUGUUGGAGGUUCCUACAACUGUUCUUGUAAACAAGGAUUCACUGGAAAUGGUUUAGUUUGCCGAGGUGAGCAACUUUCUCUAAGCCAUCCAAUAUGUUAAUUUGUUUUCGUGCUUCUGCCAUGAAAAAUUAUCACGAUGCAACAGGCUCCGUCAACUAAUUCUAACCAAACCCCCCACUUUUUUAUAUGGGUAACUACACAAAGCGAGCUUUUAUAAUAUUUAGUAUACUGAAAGAGCUAUUGUUGUUCAAUCUUACUUUAGAAACCAACAGCUAUGACUUAUUCCAUCUAAGGACGCGUAAUAGUGUUUUCUUGUCCUUUUUUCUGCCCGAGGAAACGUAGGUGUGGAAUUAUGACCACUUGUAAAUAAAAUGUUUAACUGCAGACCUUUUAUUUAUUUCACGUAGAUAUCAACGAAUGUUCAGCGGAUCCCAGUCCGUGUGCUUCAGAUGCUGAUUGUGUAAAUUCUGACGGGUCUUUCAGCUGUACAUGUAAACUAGGUUUCACAGGAGAUGGAACUUCAUGCCAAGGUAGUUGGGAUGUUAACAUUUUUUGAUCGAAAAGUUUGGAGAAGAGUUGGCGUGAUCAAGGAAGAUUAGUGUGGUAUUCAUUUAGAAAUAUCCCCCAGACUUGUACGGGAAAUAUAUGACUUUCAUAUAUUCACAGUCGUUUAUUCACCUCUUCACGGGUUUAUUUGGAACCAACAUAAUGACCAGCCUCCAGUUAGCUUGUUACCUCAGUUUGUAAAGCGCUGCACCGGUAUCGCAGAGGUCAUGGGUUCAAAUCCCGUACAAGCAUGAAUUUUUUUUCAGGCCUUAUUUUCACUGCUGCUCAAGUAGUAUUCAUUACUGCGAAGAUCGCUUUCAUAUUCACGUCUUUAUCCCCAGUUCAAAUAUAUGACUUUCCUAUAUUCUCAGUCGUUUAUAAAAAGUUAUAUUCAAGUGUUGUCGUUAACUAUUGACGGUAUAACCAAACAAUCCUUCAAAUCAGAUAUCAACGAGUGUGAAGCAGACUACUUUCCUUGUGCCUCCAAUUCCUUAUGCAUCAACAGUGACGGUUCUUACAGGUGCACCUGUUUACCAGCAUGUCAGGCAAAUGAUGGAUAUUGUAUAGGUUUGGAAAACUUAAUAACCACUUAUCGCCCUCUGCAUAACUAAGGGACGAUCCGUUGUGCCUUAAGCGUAUACAUACGUACUCGUCUUUCUUCCACGCCGUAUUUAAGACCCAAAGUAAAUUGUCCCUUUGUCGAGGAAAACUGUAAAUAGCGUUGUAUCAUGGCGUUCCUGAAUUUUUUAGAUUGUACUGAGACUCUUCCUCGGAACCAAUAGACUCAAAUUUCUUGUCGCCGUUUACUUGACUUCUUCUGCGGUGAUCUCUCCUUCAUUUCAUUCUUUUUUGUUGUUUAUUUCAGUUUUUACGUACAAUUUGAAUUAAUAGAUUACAAAGUUUACGUCAGCCCUGUUUGUUCAUCUUUAAGCAAGGUUUGCAGCUGCAGGUAGCUUCAGCUCGCCGUUCCGUCAGUCAGUCCGUUUAAUAAUCUUCUUUCCAUAUUUCUUUACUCAUUCCUUCUUUCGUUCAAAAAAACUCAGUUAAUGUCUGCUAAUAUUGAUCAUCUCUGGUUGUUUCUCUGAAAAUCAGAUAUCGAUCAAUGUACAUCGGAUCCCUGUGACGACAAUGCAUUCUGCAUUAACCGUGACCCCUGCACUUACAGCUGUACUUGUAAACAAGGUUUCGAUGGCGACGGGAAAACUUGCGAAGGUACCUACACAAAAUAAAGGACACCAUGCGAGUGAUAAGUUUUCGUGGAGUUCGUUUUCAGUGGAUAUGUUUAAGAUUUCUUUGAGUGUGCAGUAUGCAAGCUGACGUCGCGCGACCCCUUUACCACUCCUACUUUAUUAUUUACUUCAACUAAAAGCUGUAGAGUGUUCAGGGGUCCAGACUGGGUAACGAGAAUGUUGAUUGCACCUACAAUAAGGUUUACUAAAGCUUUACUUUUAAAAAGGGACUCGCCAACUCUUGUUAAGGUGUGGGAGAAUGAAGAACAUUCGUUUCACCACUUCUGCCGCUCAGUCAACCUUACAAUCAAUAAAAGUUCUUCUACUUUACUCAUGGAAUCCGCCACCAACACUGUUCAUUUUUCGUUCAACAUGAAGCAAGAUUUAUCAAGAGCGCUUUCAACAACUAGCAAAGACCCAUUCCGUGCAUCAAAUCAUCUUUGUCAUCUUCUGUCCAAAUUAAAGCGUUUAAGUUAUAUUAAGUUGUGUCUUUGAUUUCGUUACCAUACCUUAAUGGAGCAUUUGCCCGUCGCAUUUUACCUCAUCCAACCACAUUUCCGCUUUAGUUUAUAAAUUUAAUAGAUCAAUAAGUAAACGUCCACAAUCCAAUAACAAAGGAAGUCUUCCUCUUUUUCUGCUUCGAAGUUAUCAACAUUUUGCGCUGUUGUAUUCUCUGUGCUAAGCUAUUACUUAGACCCAAAAAUAUCCUCAACCCUCUUUGUCAAAAGGACAACUAAGUGCUUGAAGGGAAAGAACUACCGUGUGUUCAUCACUUUUUUUCCAGACAUUGACGAGUGCUCAGCGGAGCGUAGCCCGUGUGACGAAAAUGCGGAAUGUUCAAAUACCGAUGGUUCCUACAACUGUUCGUGUAAGGCAGGGUUCACUGGGGAUGGAGCAACGUGCCAAGGUAGUUUCUUAAAGAAAUUAUGAAACUGGAAACAAAUAAUAAAUUGAAACUCACAUUAGGAACUCGCUCUUCUUCACCAUUUUUAAAUUAUGUAAAAGCCUCAUGCCUGUCAUUGGUGGUGUGACGUUCGGCGAUAAGAUUGUUGCGAAAAGUCUGACUUUUUGCACCCUAAAAUUAUCAUGAAGGAACGCAACUCUCUUUCAUGAUAGAUAUCGAUGAGUGUUCAAGAGAGCCCACAGCUUGUGACAAGAACGCCAACUGUGUGAAUAGUAAGGGCUCUUACAGUUGUACGUGCAAACCAGGAUUCACUGGAGACGGAACAACUUGCCAAGGUACUUUUACGCCAGACCUUUUCCAAAGGGCAUAAUAGAUGUUUCCAAAUUCUAGACUUUUCUCUUUUUUUUUAGCUGUUACUGCAAAGAUUGAUCUUGGCGUGAUUUUUGCCUCAUUAUCUGAUCCAACAUUGAAGAUCAUGAAAGACACUGUUGAAGUUAUCGUAGACGAAUAUGGAACAAAGAAGACACGAUACGCAUUAAUCACAUGCGGACAGGAAGCCAGUACCAAGAUCGAUUUCACGGAUGACUUUAAGAACGCGCAAGGUUUUAAGGACGCCAUAAACGCGGUAGUGAGACCUGAAGGCACACCAGACCUGAAGAAUGCUCUCGAUCAAGCUAAGAAAAUAUUUGAAAAUGCUCCACCGCGACCGGAUGCCAAGAAGAUCCUGGUAGUUUUGAUUGAUCAAAAGUCAGUGAACUCUCCUCAAGUGUUGUCGGUCUCUGCUAAAGAGUUUGAAGACAGCGGUAUUACCCUUUUGCCCGUGGCAGUUGGUUCUCUUGCAGACUUAGAUGAAUUGUCUAGACUUGCUCCUAGCAAAGGAAUCGUCAUCCAAAUAGACGAUGAUGACGAUGGGAAUGCUAUUGCUCAAAAGAUCAUCAACAAAGGCGUGAAAGGUAAGAUUGGUUAUUUCGUAGAUUGUUAUUGUCGUCUGUACUGUAUUAUUUUUUUCUUUACUAUCCCUCCAGGGCAGAUUGGAUGGUUAGAAGAAGUCUUUUGUCCCAAGUAGUUGAUCCUGUCGCAGUUCAUUCUGAUUUUUUUGUUUAUAAUCUUAUUAAACAUGAUGCUAUCUUAGGUAUUGCCACUCUCCUGGAAGAGAGACUAGUUUGAUUUCCAGCUACUUUGAGGGUAACGUGUCUUUCCCAAGAUCAUAAUAAAGUGACCCCUCCAAGGCUCGAAUCCAUUUCUCUCCAUCUGGAUUCCAACACACCAAUCAACAAAACAUGACGUUUGCCUCUUAACUGAUGUUAGACGGCUUAUAUUCCUUGAUUCUAAAUUUUCUUGUGACCUUUGCGGUCGUAUGCUUAUACACAAGAAGCAUUCUAAAAAGUUAGAUCACAGAUGAAGUUUGUUUUUCAUACGAUAGUAUCGCCCUUCAAAUAGGUAUAUCCAGAUACUCCGCUUAAUUAAUUAAACGUUGUUAAAUUAUAAUUAGGUUUGUCUCAAAACUUUCCCCAGCAAUUAAACAAACUUCAUGGAACCGAUAUAGAUUCAAAUACGUACCUGUAUUCUUUCUCGAAGGUUCUAAUGACUGUACCAACUGCCAUACUAACUCAGUGUGUCUGAGUAAAGAUGAGGUCUUUUCAUGCAUGUGCAAAAUGGGGUAUACAGGCAAUGGUCAGAAGUGUGAAGGUGGGAACAGAUUGCUUCUUUAAUUAUGAACAUUGUAAUUUAAGGAGAAACGGCAAAUUUCAACGAACCGAAAAGAGUGCCAGAACAGUGAGAAAUAUAGCCUAACCUCUAAAUCAUUUCACUACAAGUCUGAUUUUCUUAAUUAGAAAUGAAAAUAAUUGUAAUGAUAAACUUCAAUGAUUCACUCACUCAAUAAUUCAUCUUCCAUCGGUUUCCAGGACAUAAAUACGUCAUGAACGUCUCUUCACGAGAAAAAAUAGUUCUCGUUUUAUGACAUCAUAAGAAAGCCAAAGUCUCAGUUAGAUUUAAAAGAGGUAUUGUUUGUGCUUUUCAGACGUUGACGAAUGUGAAUUGGGAAUUGAUAUUUGUAAUGUUAAUGCUUUUUGCACCAAUAACAUUGGUUUGUACGAGUGCUCUUGUAUGGAUGGAUACGUUGGGGAUGGCUUGGAUUGUAGAGGUAAAUAAUGACGCUUGUGGAGUUAUGGUAAUGUUGAAAAUAGUAAUAAUAAUGACGAUGAUAACAAAGUUAAGGAUGAUAACAUCCAUAAAGAUAAUGACUGCUUUAAUGUGAAUGAUAAAAUGAUAAAUUUAUACCAUGAUAACGAGAGAUUUUGUAAAACAUUUAAUGAUGAAAAGCAACUUUAUAAGACCAUGACGUUUCGGUAUCGACAUAUCACAUUAUCAAUGCAAAUAAGGAAAGAUUACCGAUGAUUCACUUAGAAAAAUAGCAUUAAAAUGUGGAGAACAAAAGAAUGAAAUAACUAAGUGAAAAGUUGUGCUGGAUCGGAGUCUUUUCUCAUUUGCAUUUGAUAAUGGUGACAUAUCGUCGCCGAAACUUCAUGGUUUUUACUGCGUUACUUUUUAUUAAAUUUAAUUUGGGAGAAUGAAAUAAGAAAGGUAUUUAUAAAUGCGUCAAAAAGGCGAGAUUUCAACCUGCCAUUAAAAUACCUUUAGUGAUGCGUGUUCCAGAUAUUCGGUGCAGCAAAGGUGAAAGAAAGAUAGCAUUAGCCCUAAGAGGAAGGUUGAAUCCUUUAGCCCUUCACAUCUGAACAUCACCAUGCAAAUUCUACACACUGUUCUCUGAAAAUUUCCCAUGGUGCUGACAAGGACAAUUUGUUUAACACUCAGGAGCCUUUUUCGUUGGUGAUCAUUUCCUCUAUUCUCGUGACCUUGAUUUGUGAUUUGGGGUGAAAUUGUAAGGAGAAAUUAGAUGCUGGUCACUCUUAUGGUCAAAGGGUUAACGCUAUUAGAUGUCAGUAGAGAAUGACUCAUGUAAUGAUGCAGUGUCGGCCUCCUGAUUCAUGAUCUUAUCUUAUCGAUGAAUCAGACUCGCUUGCACGUAUGAGAUAGUCAAACAUACCAUCUUCAGGUAACCAUUCCCGUUCUUAACCCUUUAACUCCCAUGAGUGACAGAGAGAGAAUUUCUCCUCACAAUAUCAAUACAAUAUCAAGCAGAAAAGUGAUGAGAACGAAGAAAAAUAUCAGUUAGGGGAUUAUAAGUUGAUCCAAUACAAAAUUCUCCAAACUUACAUCAGAAGAACUGUAUGGCAGACAGUAAGGAGAAUUAAUAAUGAGAUCUUGGGAGUUAAAUAUUAGGUUGACAUUUUUAAACUUCGAUUGAAAUGUUGUGAAAUUUUCGGAUUUAGAAAGAGAAGAAAGCAUUGGUGCAACUGGAGGCUUCACAGGUUUGUUGCUUCAUUUUUAAGUUGUUUUGACGAAAUAUGUUUUUGGUAAUUUGCGUAUGGUUUUUAAGAUGGUCAAGAACAUUCAAGGCAAAAGUUGAAUGAAAUAAAUCGAUCGACCGUUAUUAGAAACCUACAAAGUGACACCUUCUUCCCUUCUUCUUCUGCAUGAGUCACGUUUCCCUUGAAAAAAAUAGAAAGAAAACUUUCAAAUGGAUUUUGAAGUAAUUGUCAAUUGAUAAGAAGGAUUUUUAUUCAUUUCGCAAAGUAGUAAUUUCAGAAGAGUUAUUAUUUCGCUAAAUUGACUAUUUUCACCCUGCGGUGACAACGUGACCUCUUUCAUGUCACAAAAAAAAUUUAAACAUUACAAACUAGUAUAUCAAUAAAGAGUUUGGCCUACUGUUAUUUCUUAAACCGUUUUAAAUAUAUCUCGCAAAAUAGUUAUUUAGGAGAGUUAUAUUUUGCGAAAUGGACUAUUAGUCGAUUUCGCAAAAUGGAACUCUUCUUUAAUUACCACUUUGCGAGAUAAAUAAAAAUCUUCCUUGUCAACUAAAGAUUACUCCAAAAUCCUUGUGAAAAUUAUUUUUACCUUAUUACAAAAUACAUCUUCAUUAUUCCUCUAGUUUUGUUAUAAUGUCGCCUGGUUUCGUUUCGUUUUGUUUCGUUUUGCAAUAUAGUAUAAGCCUACUUCAAGCGGUCCAGGCAUAUUUUUACCAGCUCUAAUUAGUUUGCAUACUGAGUCAUUGGUGUUCCUAAAUUUAAAACAAUUCAGAAUACAGGUAAUUAAACAUUUCCCAUAAUAAACCCUUAUCUAAAGCUAUCCCCUCCUCUCAAACACAGGUGGAAAAAACAGACCUAACGAAAAUUUGAUUUCGGUGGAUAAGCUUUAUGUGUGUAAAUGUUUUCCGAAACCAUUCAACCAUUCCCACCCUUAGUCAAUAACUGAAUUUCUGAUUUUUAUUCUUUUUGCUUGUUCGUUUGUGUGCUUGUUCGUUUGUGUGCUUGUUUUUUCACUUCAAGUCAUAAACGAGCAUUUAGCAAUUUCCUGUGGAAAGACACUCAUACAGGUGAUUCUGGAUAAGUCGUUCCUUAUGGGUAUGCGCAGAACUGACGUUCGCUUAAACAACCCGAAAUGCCUCCCAACCGAUAAUGGUACGCAUUUCCUGUUUCAAACAAACUUUACUUCCUGUGGAACGAAGCUGAUAGAUACAGAUAACUUCUUCAUUUAUGAAAACACUAUCCAAGAGAAGCCGCCACAGGGCAUCAUUACGAGGCUAGCAGACGUAGAUAUUCCAUUCAGGUAGUGUAGUCGUUUUAUUGCUUUCACAGGUUUUUUUUCUUUUCUUUUUGCCUAAAUGUUGUAUAGAUCUGAAUAGCCCAUUUCCUUAUUACGUUUGGCCUCUUUUUCGAAACGAGUUCCUUUUUUUAUAAAAACUCGUCGCCAAACCCAGAGAAUAUCUAUCGACCUUGGAAUUCAAAACUUUCAAACUCAUUUACAUCCAUCAUUUAAUGAGUUAGAAUUGCCGGAUACUUGAAACAGAAAAUCAAGUCUUUUAUUUUUCCCCUCGGAAAAAAAUGGAAGUUUUUGUUGUGGGCAUGGGCAUCAUCAACCUCAUACUGUUUCCAAUCAUCUCCUCAUCGUUAACAAUUGCUGUUAAUAUUCUCAGGGUGUUUGGCUGAUCGCAGACCCACGUUAUUAUUGCGUCUGCAAGACGCGCGUUUCUUCGCCUCACGGGAGGAUUUGAGACGUGUCGAGGAGGGAUGUGCAGGGGACGUGGCACCAUAAAUUAGUGUUCGACCUCAUGCAAACCUCUGUUUGCAGGCCUCUCUAGAUGCCGAUAUUAUUUGGUGUCGUGUGCCUUUGGUAAAGUAAAUAAGUAUAUCAGUUUACGACACAUAUUGUUGUGCAAUUAUAAACUUCAGAUGCUGUUACCUAAAGGAAGUCCAAGCCAGCGCCAUUCAGCUGGAAACCAGCAGGAAAAUUAUCCGAGGCAACGCCUCUGAUGUGGGAAUGUUCGACAUAAACUUGGGAGUCUUCAAAGAUCAGGGCUAUACUCGUCCCUAUGGUGACCAAAGCUUCCCUAUUGGAGUGAAAGUCAAUGAGAGAGUAUUCCUUCAACUUAGUGUCGACUCUGAAGAUCGUCGCUUGGCUGUGCAGGCUCAGCGAUGUCACGCAACUCCUGAUCCAAACCCGAACAGCACCAUACAGUACAAUCUUAUUCUGAAUGGGUAAGGCUUUCCCGACAUAACUUUUUAUUUGUCCCGCGCUUUUCACAAGACUAAAGACAUCAUUAUGGGUUUGAUUUUCGAGCGUAAAAUUCACAAUCUUUCGGAGGCUUUCGAAUUCGCUGACUUAGCAGUAUACUGGACGCGUAGCUCACCGUAGACACUCAGUGGAAGAAAGUAAAUCCUCGAAUUCAUCAUAGUGUCCCGUUGAUCUCUUUGCAGUUGUCCCCAGGAUCCCACAGUGCAAUAUCACCAUAAUGAUGACAACAAGGGCCUUCACCGGUUUAGUGUUCAAACAUUCCAGUUUGUCAACUCACCGGAUCCGUUUGUGUACAUCCACUGCAAGGUAAAAGACACAUUUAAGGCGCAUUUGCCCUAAAACAUUAUCCUGAACACCUUUUCCGUAGAAGUGAAGAUAAAAAAAAGAUUCCCAUGACAGGUUUCCUAGUUCAGAGACAUUCCAAGUUUUGAGCUUUUCGUUACUCGUCCACAAAAACUUUAAAAGUUAAAAGUUGUUCCUGUAGGUGACGUGCAUUUAUAAAUGGGUGGAUAGGAUGGUUGUGAGGGGAGGUUGGAGGCCAUAAGGACACAUUCGUUAAAUUGUUAAUUCCGUUUGUCUAGGAAAUUUUACAUAUUUCAGGGAAAAGUAAGGGAAUUUCAAAACCUAUGGCUGCGGCAAGUAUGUUAUAAUUAACUUCCCGUGAACUUAACGUGUUUUGGAAUCGAGCUGUGUAUGAAUCACAGUGGAACCAAUCUUGUUCCCUUUAUUUUCCAGGCCGUGGUUUGCAAUUCAUCAGAUCCAAACUCAGAGUGUUCCAAAAACUGUGACGUACUUCCCAGAAACCGCCAUCGCAGAGCCCUCCCAUAUAGUGCACCUGUGCAUACCACGUUACUCAGCCAUGGCCCAAUUUGGUUAACGAACACUGAGCGGGUGAAAGGUACAGAAUUUAGGGUUAUAUUAUCAACAGUAAUAAUUUAUGUGGUAAAUUGAAAAGCAAACUGUCUUCAUUAAUGAUUUAAUGGAGGGAAUAAUUCAAAUCAAGAAAGCUAGAUACAAUAACUUUUUUUGUAUCUUUUUCUGCUCUUUAAAACAGGACCAAAAAAACCUUUUAAAUUGUUUUGUUCAAAGAAUUUAUAAGUACUUUUGUUUUUGAUUUCGAAGUUUAAUAUAUAUUUUUUUUUUUUGUAUUUUUUUUUUCAUUCGCUAGAUGUUAUUGUUUUCUUUUUUGCUUGUUUGAAUAUUGAAACAUUUUUCGCGAAAAAUCAAGAUCAAAGGGCAAUCAGAGCAAAGAAAAUAUCAGAGAGAGCCAAUGAGAAUUGCAAUGCACGUACCCGGCCUGGAGCGAGGGAUACUGGUGCGACUGUUUCAGUUUGGCAUAUAAUUGGUCUAAAGGCUAAUGCUUCACAAGAAGCAGAAAAGCAAAGUUCAUUUCAUCCUUAAUUCCUUUCAAAAAUUGAGAAUGAUAUUAAUUUUAUCUUCCAUCUUCAGAUUCUCCGUGGCAGCACCCCUUGAUUGGUGUAUCUGUUGUUCUUGGAAUGUUUGCUGUGUUGUGCCUUGUGGUGAUUGCAGUUGUCCGUCGCAAAAUGAUCACAGUAAAGAGAGGAUCGUCAGCGGAUGUAUGACAGAAAACAAGAGAGAAUAAUUAUAUUAUUUUUAUAAAUUAUAACGUUAAAGAGGCUGCUAACAGCAAUUAAUGAUCACGCUGAGAUAAGGGGUUUCUGUCUUUCGAAGUUGAAAACUCUUAUUUCUGAGAGUGGUCGAAUUAAAGCGGAAUUGAACAACAAUAUUUUUCGUAAACUGUGAAAGACAUUUACCUAACCACACUUGACAAUACUGCCCAUUUAGAUAUAUUUUGUGAAUUAGAUUGUUUACAUAAUUUUUUUUACUGUUAAACCUCUGCUUGAUAUCUCUGACAUGAAAGGUCUCCCCGCAGAAAUAAAAGUGUCUCCAAAGUUAUUUGAGGAGUGACUAAUUUGAAUAAAAUCUCCUAUCUCCAUAUAAGCUUGGUUGAAAAUAAAACAAAGGCAGCAAAAUUAUGAGCUUUUUUGGGAAUUUGAAAUCCCCUUUGAGUAGGUAAAGCACAAGACUUACCCACGCUAUUGUAACCUUAUGGACACGUUCUCAUAGCAAAC